GAUGCAAAUUUUCAAUCAGUUCCCCACUGUGCCAAUUACUGGGCUACUUGAACAAUAGCAGGUCCAUUGUAGGACAGCAGAGGAGUGGAUGCUGCCCUGCCUUCUGCCUGGCUAAGUGUGGCACUAGAGUGCACAUCUGCAUCAGAUUCUGUUUAUAAUGCUCCUGCUCAGUAGAACUUUAAGAGUGUCUCAACAUCAGUCUUGUAAUUAAGAAUCUUACAUUUAAAUUGGAUGUGGUAGUGUGUGCCUAUCAUCCCAACACUCAGGAAUUGUGAGUUAGAGGCCAGCCUGGGCUAUGUAACUAUAAAGCAAGACUUUGUCUCAAAAGGAAAAAAAAAAAAGAAGGAAGGAAACAGAAAGGAAGAAAGAAAGAGAGAGAGAAAGAAGGAAGGAAAGAAAGACAGAGACAGACAGACAGAAAGAAAUGAAAGAGAGAAAGAAGGAAAGAAAGGAGAGAGAGAGAGAGAGAGAGAGAGAGAGAGAGAGAGAGAGAGAGAGAGAGACCCUUAUACUUUCUGUACUUUUUCAGUUAGUCAAUUUUAGGUAAUCCUGCCUCUCAGAGGGUUAGAGAGCAAGCAUUUUUGAAGCCAACCAAUUGUCACAUUCUAGGUGAUUAAGAAAACCGACUUGCCUCUGCAAGCGUCCCUAUCGAUCCUGAGUCUAUUCAAGACUGGUCCCACUCACCGUGCCUCAGGACCAUGUGUGACCAGCAACAAAUUCAGUAUUGCCUGCCGCUCCCCCAGUGCUGUGUCAAAGGUUCCUCCUUUGGUGCCUCCCAGUUCCUUGGUACCAACAACCAGGUGGUAGGCCCAGUCCCUAGUGGAAUGCAAAUUUUGGAGUGCCCUGGGCCAUGUCCAGUUCAAGUUUCUCAAGCUCCCUGCCACUCCCAGACCACUCAAGAGGAGUGCCAGGCUCCAUGCAAGUCUAAGACCUCUCAGGUGAAGGGCCAGGCUCCCAGCAAGUGUAAAACUACCCAAGCAAAGUGCAAGUCCAAGGCAAGCCAGGUGAAGUGUGAGGCUCCCUGCCAGACUCAAGUUUCCUAUGUCCAGUGCCAGGCUCCAUGCCAGUCUGGGGUUUCCUAUGUGCAGUAUGAAGUCCCAUGCCCUGUUCAGACUUCCUAUGUAGAAGGUGCUCCAAUUUGUUACACAGAAACUUGUUAUGCAGAGUAUCCAGUCCAGACCUACAUACCUGUUCUAGCUCCUCAACCUGUUACUACUUAUGUAGAACGUCCCCUAGUGUCCCAGACUCAGGGAAGCUUUUCCACCCAGUGCCAGUAUCAAGGCUCUUACAGAGGCUGCCUACCCCAGCGUCAGUCCCAGGCUUCCUAUAGUAGCGGUGCCCCCCAGUUUUACUCAGAGACCUCCUACAGCAGCUGCGCUCCGCAGCGUCAGUCCAGGACUUCAUUUAGCACUUGUGCACCCCAGUACCAGGCCCAGCGCUCCUAUGGGAGCUUCUAUGGGCAGCGCCGGUCUCAGAGCACCGGUAGAUGCCUCCCUUCUCGUAGGCUGGAGCCUUCUUACCGCAGCUGUUCUCCACCACGACGGUUUGAGCCCUCCUACAGCAGCUACCUGCCAUCAAGAUGUUCUCCAGAUUCCUGCAAUUACUGCACUCCACCCCGGCGCUCUGAGCCCAUCUACAAUAGCCACAGUUCUCUGCACCCCGGUGCAGGCUGCUCCCAGAAAUGUGGACCCAAGUACCGGAUAGAGAUUUCCUCCCCGUGCUGCCCCAGGCAGGUUCCACCACAGAGAUGUCCUGUCCAGAUUCCCCCCAUCAGAGGACGCUCCCAGAGCUGUGCCCCACGACCAUCCUGGGGUAACCGCUGUCCAGAGCCAAGACCACGAGUACAGCCACGUCCCCUCCAAAGGUCCUGCUCGCCACAGCGUCGCGACCCAAGUCCAGAGCUAUGCCCGCCACGUCGCCCACUUCCUGCUCCGCGUCUGUAUCCACGCCCCAAACCAUGGAUAAAUCCAGAGCCCUGCCCAUGUCCUCAAAGGCAAUUUUCAGAACCUUCUUUGCGUCCGGAACCACGUCCAGUACCACGUCCAGCUCCACGUGUAGCUCCAUGCCCAGCUCCAGGAACUCGUGGACUGCAGUGUGAGAACUCACAUCCAUGCCCACAGCCCAGGGAGUGUGAAGAGCCCUGUUCACAUCCAGAGCCCAUUCCUCUUCCAGCUCCAUGGUCAAGCCCGGAACCUUGUGGGGAGCCUAUCCGUAGUCCCAGCCCCUGCCUAGAUCCAAAUCCAAUUCCAUUCCCACCAGAUAUGGGCUGUCAUGAAUCCAAACCACACUGCCUCGACACGGAGGGUUCCAGCUGCGGCCCAUGUGGUUACAACCAGGGGCAAGAGGGUGGUGCUGGCUGUGGAUCUAGUGGUUUGAUUCCAGAGCCACAAGGUCUAGGUGGUUGUGGAGACCAGGGAAACCUGGGUGCUGGGUUAAAAGGCGGAACAAAGAGUGCCUAUUUUUAAAAGAAGUAUGACUGAAGUGUCUCUGUCUGGUGCUCUGAAAAUACUGUACUUUCCUUUUUUUUUUUUUUUUUUUUUAGCAGCCACGGUUUCCAAUGGGUUCUUGUUUGAUUCUUGCCAAAGAUUUUCUUUCCUCCCAUCUCCUUUGCAUGGCAUUUCAAGUUUCACACCUGGGUCUCAGACACAUCUCCAGCCUCAUAUCUGAUGCUUUUUCCUGUUCACAUUUUUAAUUCUAGCCAGACCAGCAUGGCCACCAGGUACAUCCUGAAUAUUUCUAGGUGUGCUUGUCUUCAAGCCUGUGACCAUUCUCUCUUCUUCUAUCUAGACCAUUUUUCUUCUGUUGCUUAGGAUCUAAAAUCCAAUUGUUUCUCUUCCUUGAAGCCUUCUGUGCCUAUUUCUACUCAGAAACCUGUGCUGACUUCCUAAAAUUCAUGGCUUCAGUCACCCCAUCCAGGAGGUCACUACUUUCAAACAACUCUUGAAUUGUUAUUUCCCUUUCAUGUGUGUCUGUCUGAUUUGCUAAGUAGAUUGUAAACUCUCAUCCAAGUACAGUCAGCAUAUCAUUGAACUUCUAGCCUGUUUUGGAGCAGGCAAUUUCAGCAAGACCUGGAUUUGCUGUCUUAAGCCAUAUUGUGCCUCGAUGGGCAGCUGUAGCAACUGAGACAAGUGGAGGACAGACAAUAAUCAAGAUCAUGACAUGCUCACAGCCUGGAUCCUGAGUAGCAUUUUCAUUCCUCCUGACUGAUGGUGGGGUUAAGCAUGCUGUUCAGUGGAGCUGUCCUUUGGCUACAGUUAAAAUGUUGCAAUUAAACACGGUUUCAUAUAUA